UUUUUCUAAGGGAGGGGACGUUACAUUUUAGUGGUACAACCGGGCUGCUGUCAGCUGGGCGUGAGACGGAGGGAUAUUCACAGAAGGAGCUGCUCUUGAGUCCUUAUUUAAAAUGCACGGUCGGAUCAAAACAAAGACUUCAUUGGAGCAGCAGGAGGCAAAGAGGAAGGAGAGAGAAAAGAAGCUUCAACUUUAUGUCAGUGCAACACAGGCUGCCUUGAGUAAGCGAGAUGCUGGAGAACUGGAUAAAGAAGCUUUGGAACUAACAGCCCAAAUAUUGACAUUGAAUCCAGACUUUGCUUCUUUGUGGAACCUGAGAAGAGAAGCGUUUCUUCAAUUUGCAGAAAAUAGGUCAGAUGAAGAGAUGCGACCUCUCUAUUUAGCGGAGCUCUCCUUUCUUGAGAGCUGCCUGCGUAUCAGCCCAAAGUCCUAUGGCACCUGGUACCAUCGCUGUUGGGUUAUGGAGCAUAUGUCAGAGCCAGAUUGGGCCCGCGAACUGUCACUUUGUAAUCGCUUUCUGGAGAUGGAUGAACGUAACUUUCACUGUUGGGAUUACCGAAGAUUUGUCACUCAGUCCUCACAUGUAUCACUUUCUGAUGAGCUUGAGUUUACAAACAAUCUAAUUAUCAAAAACUUUUCCAACUAUUCCUCUUGGCAUUACCGUAGCAAACUGCUUCCUCAGAUCCACCCAGACCCUUUGCGACUUGGUCGAGUAACUGAAGAGGCCCUCCUGGCUGAACUUGAGCUGGUACAAAAUGCUUUCUUCACUGACCCCAAUGACCAGAGUGCUUGGUUUUAUCAUCGUUGGCUUCUUGGCAGAGCGGAUAAACCCCUCUCCAUUCGAUGCCUCUUAGUCAAUCUAGAAGGACCUUGGCUGUCUGUAACAUUUUCUCAACCAGUCAAUGUAAAAGGAGAUCUAAUAUUGUUUAUCAACGAUAAGCCUGUUAUGGUUUCCUGGAAAGCCCCUGGAGGAAAAGCAAAGCCAAGUUUGCUCUGGGUAUGUGACCUACCCCAGGAGUCUGUAAAAGACCUUUGCAGCGAGUGUAAGUUCCAGGUUCUUUGGAAUGAUGGAGAGGCACAGAAAGAAUGCAUUUUAUAUCCAGGAAGAAACGAAACUUGGUGUUGUGAUUCUGCUACAAGUGAACAAAUAUUCCGGUUGGAACUCUCAGAGGGUAAAAGCAACAUUUUGCAGCAUGAGUUAAAGUCCUGCAAGGAGCUUCAGGAGCUGGAGCCUGAUAAUAAAUGGUGCCUCCUGACUAUUAUUCUGCUAAUGCGAGCGCUGGAUCCUUUAUCCUACCAGAAGGAAUCUAUCUCCUAUUUUGAUACUCUAAAGGCUGUUGACCCAAUGCGCUCUGGUUAUUAUGAUGAUCUGUGCAGCAAGUUCCAGGUGGAAAAUGCGAUAUUAAAAAUGGAAUAUGCAGAGGCCCGUGUUAUAACUCUUGCAGGAAAGGGGCUGACAAGGUUAUGCCACCUGGACCAUCUGGUGUUAGUCACGCACAUGGAUAUCUCUUCCAAUCGGCUUCAGGCUCUUCCUAGCGACUUGUCCAUGUUGAGAUGUGUGGAGGUGCUUGAAUGUGACAACAAUGAGAUUUUGCAUCUACAAGGAGUGUGGAACUUGCCACGACUGGAGGAGUUGUCAUUGCAGUGCAACAAAAUCCACUAUGUGCAUGACCUCCAACCUCUUACCAGCUGCCCUCGUCUUUCAGUGCUUCGUUUGCAAGGUAACCCCCUGUGUGAAAAUCCAGAGGCCAAGUUGGAGUUGGAAGCGCUUCUCCCCCAUGUGAACACCAUUGAGUUGUAACAUUUUUAAUUCUAACUAAGCUUCUCACUCCUCAAUAAAUACUGUUUACUGGAA